CUCUCUCUCUCUCUCUCUCUCUCUCUCUCUCCCCAACUGUAAACACACGAACUGGUUGAAUUGACAUUUUUUGUGUUUAUUUGCUUUAUUUUUCGUUGAUUUUCUUGUGGAUGAAUAAUGGGUUUUUGAGAAAUAAUAGGACUAUCUCUCACUUAUAUAGAUCUUGUCAGCUAUAUCUGGGGGAUUUUCAAUUUUUAUUUAUUGUAAUUUUUUGGGGAUAUUUUUUCAUGGGUCUAUUUUUCUUGUAGGUUUAGAGAAGGAAUUGGUGAUAUGAGACUUAGUCAUUAUUAGGGCAGUGUCUUAUUUUAGUCUUACGUUUGUGAUCAGUGUCUAAAUUUAGUUAAUUCCAGAAUAAACCUCUAGAGUUUUUUUUUUUUUUUAAUUUUUUUUGAUCAACUAACUGAUUAUUUGGACUGGUGGUUGAGUUGGGUUCCCCUAGAUUUGUGGUCUGUUUGUCUUUUUCCGCUUUCUCAAUAGGGAAGUACCCAAUUUGAGCUUUACAUGCUCUGAGUUCUUAUCUUUUCCUUUCUUAUUUCUUUAUUUUUCCAAAACUUGUUCAAGAUUGUCGCUGAAUAGUUGGAUACAUCGCUAAAUUGAAUUGGAUUACAUGUUGAAGAUUACAAUAUUUGGUUUUCAUUAUUAUCACCUGUUUCCAGAAAAGAUGCAUCGUACCCUUCGAAGAACCCGUAACAAUCUUCAGAAAGAUGCAGAUGGCGAAAAUAGUUCACUAAAUACAAAAGAUUUACAACUAAAUACCCUCACUGCAGCUUCAAAGGAUCGUGAAGUAUCUUCUAUUAUUUUGAGGAACUCUGAUAAUAGGUGUGCUUUUUUGACAUUUUUAUCUCUGGAACCCAAUGGUCACUGGAUGGUUGUUGCACUGCCUCUGCAGUGUCCGGAUAACACAAUCCACUUGGCAUCUAGAAAUCAGUUGAAUAUGAAUGACCUCCAUUUGGUUUCUCCAUCACUUGUUAGUUCCGUCAAACUUGAUUUCCAAAAGGCACAAAGAGGGACUAUUAGAGAUAGGAGUUGUUCCUUCAAGUCACUUACAGCUAGAAGCUCUUCUGGGCCAGGUUCUCCAUGUCAAUCUCAGAGCAAAGGCUUUUCUAAUAAUGAAGAUAACACUGUAAAAAGAAAUUCAAGAAAGAAGGUGAGAAAAGGAAAGAGAAAUAGGAAGCUUUCAGGCAAUACUGGCUUAACUGAGCUGGAGUAUGCACAUGGAAGUUUAGCAUCUGAAACUGGUUGUGAUAAGGACAUCAAUGCUGGUAACAGACUGUUUCCAUGUGCAACUACACUGGCAGUUUCACAGCCAGAGCAUAGAUGCAAUGAAAAUUGUUCUGAAGGAAACCAUAAUGGCACUAUCAACUGUUCUGCAACAUCACAGAUUUGCACAUCCUACACUAAUGACGUGGAUGAAUCAGAAACUAUGCAUCAGAACUACAGUAGUAAACAUUGCUUAUAUGAUUGUGAAAAUGGGCUUCAUACAAAAUACCCAGGAUUUUCUAUCAUAAAUGGAGAGGAUGAUACACCUUUCAAACGGAUAAGUUGUUCCAGUGAUGCUCAUUCCAAUGUUUUCUCUGUGACGAACGACACUCUGGUGUUGGACUCUGUGUCACUUGGUUCAAGCACCGAUGGCAGUUGUAACACUGAAAAUGAUUUCAAACUAUCUAACAAAGACUGUGCUGGAAUUGAUUGUUCAGAUUCAUCUGGUUACAUAGCUAGAAAGGGAUGUUUCUCUCCUGAAAAUGUGUCAACUGGUGCUGUUGGGUAUUGUCGUAGUGCUGAGAGAACAAACAGCGGUGAGCAGGGGUGUACUGGUCGUGACAGACAUUCAGAAGUACUGGGUAAGAGAGAAAAUAUAUCUAGAGUACCCAGGAAUCCUAGCUUCUACGGGACUAGCAGUGUUGGAAAUUUCCGUGGCCAUUCUGGGAAGGAGACUAAUAACUUUGUCUGGCAGAAGGUUCAGAGACAUGAUGCUAAUGAAUGCAACUAUGAUUUGAAAAAAGUAAGCCCAGUUCAUUCCCAGUCCAAUAUAGGGUUGAAAGAAUCGACGUUACUUAAAAAGCAUCGUAAUGUUGUUAGUUCUAUUAUGUUUUCGAAAUCUGAAGGAAAAAACCAGGCAAACUUCAGGGCUUGUGGAGAGCUGAAAAGGAAAAUAAGUCCAGGAUCAAAGCAAGAGUACAAAACUUAUUGCAGGAAGGGAUCUCAUGCUACCAAGGCCCACUCAACUCUUUGUUCUGAGAUUAGUGUGCAACAAAAUGACAUAUCAGAUAUUCUUGCCCAAACAAGCAGGCAAAAAGAGUUAAACAGGCUUAAAGGAUCUCUUUCGAAGACUCCUGGAUUUCAAAAAAGCAAGAAAACAGAAUCUGAUGCCUUCAUAGCAGUUCGCAGAUCACAAGAUUGUGACAAUGAAUUGGAGGCUUUUGAAAGUAACUGUUCUACUGUUUGCAGUUUGGAUGGUCAACCUUCAGAAAAUCAAACUAGCUCUAUGUCAAGAUCUGCCAACUUUCAUGAACCAUUAGAGCUGCUCGAGCAGCUUUCUCCGGUAUAUCUUCAUGCAGUUGUAGGUGAUGAAGGUCCUAAAUCAGACGCACAAGUUUCUCCUGCAGAUCACAUUAAGGACACAAGCUCCAGAGUCAGUUUACAGAAAUUGAAACAUGUUGGAGUAAAAGAUUCUGGGUUACCAAGCUCAGGUCAAGCUAGCAGUCUGUCAAAGACUAGCCUUGAUGAAUUAGCGGCUGAAAGCCAGACUUUGAAAAAAACUGCAGAAGAGGACUUUGCUUUGGAUUCUCAUGGUCUUGUUUCUUCAACAAGUACCGGAGAAAUGUGCAUGGAUCAGAGUUCUGAAAAUGUUAAUGUUUUACAGGCUAAAGAUGAAGUUGGGUUUCAGAAUUUGGGAAAUCACAGCACAUGCGUGGUUAACGUGAGCUGUAACGAUCAUUCUGCUGCAAAAUGCUUAACUAGUGAAUCUACAAAACAUAACAUGUCAGCUUCUGAAAAUGAUCCAAGCAAUAUACUUUGGGCAGUCAAUGAUGCCCAUGCAGCAGAAUUAGCCUCUGAAGCCAUCCAAAUGGCCACUGGUUGUCCAAUUGCUGAGUUUGAAAGAGUUAUUCGUUCUGCCUCUCCAGUUAUUUGUCCAUCUCAGAUUAUUGCAAAUUGCCAGACUUGCUGGCGCAGUCAGGCUUUUGGGGCAUCGCUGUGCAGACACGAGAAACCAAACAUCUCACUGGGAAGCUUGUGGCAGUGGUAUGAACAACAUGGGAGCUAUGGUUUGGAAGUAAAGUCAGAGGACUAUAGCAAUUCAAGACGAUUGGGUAUUGAUCGCCAUGCAUUUCGUGCCUAUUUUGUCCCAUAUUUGUCUGCAGUUCAGCUGUUCGGAAAAUGUAGGAGUUAUCCGGCAGAUUAUGCUAGUGGAAUUUCUAGUGCUGAGAGUAUGGUGGCACAGAAGAUAGAUAAAGCAUCUGAAAGUUCCUCCAAUAUGGCUCACCUUCCAAUAUUUUCAAUACUUAUUCCUAAGCCUUGCACAGAAGGCUCAGGUUCUUUUACCUCAGAGAGUCAUGUGUCUGACUCUGAGCCGUCUUCUGUGUGCGUCAAAGACAAUGCCUCAAAGCAACCAGUUGGUGCUAAAUGGUCAGAUGAUUUCGAGCUUCUUUUUGAAUAUUUUGAAUCUGAUCAACCUCAACAAAGACGACCUUUGUUUGAAAUGAUAAAGGAGCUUAUUAGAGGUGGGGGACCUUCACAAUCUAGAGCAUAUGGGGAUGCCACUCUUUUGGGUUCAAUGGGUCUAUGUGAUCUUCACCCCAAAUCAUGGAUACCUGAUGACAAUUUUCGUGCAGCUUUCUUGACUUACCAUUCACUUGGUCAUUUGGUUCACAGAGGCCCCCUAUUUGAUUCCCGUUGUGUUGAUGCUUCUGUAGUUUCUCCGGUUGUCGGUCUUCAGAGCUACAAUGCUCAGGGUGAAUGCUGGUUCCAGCAAAGGCACCCUGCACACAGCCAAACAGCCGAGAUCCCAAACACAUACACUUUGGGAAUACUGAAAGAGCGGUUAAGGACUCUUGAGCAAACGGCAUCUCUUAUGGCAAGAGCUGUUGUGACAAAAGGAAGUCAACAAUGUAUGAAUAGACAAUCUGAUUACGAGUUCUUCCUCUCUAGACAACGCUAG